UGCUUCUUGUCGCUCGCACUGCUGUCUGCGGCACAUUAGAGUUGUUAGCUAACGUUGGGUGUUUGUCUGGGACAGCAGGAUGGGUGUAUCAGAUUUACAGUUUGAUAUAAAUGCUGGACCUGUGGUGGAUCUUUCGGCCCAGGGUAUGCAAAAGCUGGACCCUAGUUUCACCUGCUCUGAAGACACUCACACUCUCAUUCUGGACCGUAACCACAUCAUGAAACUGGAUCAUCUGGAGAGGAGCCCAGGCCUUCAACAGCUGUCUGUAGCUAGUAACCGUCUGGUGAGAAUGAUGGGAGUUUCUCGGCUGACGGAGUUGAGAGUCCUCAAUCUUCCCAAUAACAGCAUUGGCUACAUCGAGGGGCUAAGAGAUCUGCCUCACCUCAAUUGGCUCAACCUGUCUGGAAACAAUAUUAAGGUCAUUGAGCAACUCAGCAACUGUGUUUCCCUUCAGCACCUGGAUCUGUCUGAUAAUAACAUUUCUACCAUUGGUGAUCUGACUAAACUGGUGGCAUUAAAGACACUUUUACUCCACGGAAACAGCAUCACAACACUUCGAACAGUUCCUGCACACCUACCUGCCCAUUUAUCCAUUCUCUCCCUGGCAGAAAAUGAGAUAAGAGAUCUGAAUGAAGUGUCAUACCUGGCACCCCUUCAUGAACUGGAGCAGCUGUCCAUAAUGAGCAACCCUUGUGUUAUGGCAACCCCCUCAUUGCCAGGAUUUGACUAUCGGCCUUAUAUCAUGAGCUGGUGCCUGAGUCUGAAGGUCCUAGACGGCUAUGUAGUGUCACAAAAAGAAGGUCUAAAAGCAGAGUGGCUGUACAGUCAGGGUAAAGGCCGUUCAUAUCGACCAGGUCAGCAUGUACAGCUGGUUCAGUACCUCACCACUGUUUGCCCUCUAACCGCAUCACCGGCCUUGGAGACGGCAGAAGAUGCUAAGCUGGAGAAGAUCCUCAGGAAGCAGAGGUUUCACCAAAGGCAGCUCUUAGAGGAGACCCAGGGAGGCUGUGCCAGUCCUCCACGUCCAAAUCAACUAGAUGUAGACAAGCACAGUCCUUCAGAUGCCUCGCAACAGGGGGGAUCCAGAGAGGUGACGAAAAACACUGCACCUGGACCAGCUGCUGCUCCAUCAGUCCCGGAAACAGAGCCAGUUGUGCAGUUCAACACCUGGGUGAGCUGCGAUUCUUCUCACCCAUCAUUGCCAGUGGUUCGCAGCCCAAGGCUCGCAGAGGAGCACAUCUGUUUGGAGGAUGUUCAGACAGAUGAAGAUAAACUCAAUGGCAGCAUGCUUUCCUCAGAGUCCACCUUUCUCCCCUUCACGUCUGAUCUGGAUCCACAAAUGACCCAGUCUGACAGCGAGGAUGAGACAGAGACGUUCGAACCUGAUUCCCUGGCCCCAAAACGGCCAGCACAGCCCAAAAAGCACAACACAAACAAGACAAAUCAUUCACCCCCAGUGGAUAAGCAAGAGAGGAAGACCCUUGAAGAAGAAGUUAAUUCGAGUGCAGCCACAACAGUCGUCCCACUGGGAGUCAGAGUUGGCAUAUCACAAAAUGAUCUGGAAACAUCCUCUGAUUUUGGUAAAGCAGAGAUGAAAGAAGCCUCCAAGCAGGAAGAAGCCAAUAUGUGCGCCAGCAAAUCAAGUUUGAUGGAAGCAGACAGGGCAGCAGUUAAAAUACAGUCCUGGUGGAGGGGACACUACACUCGCUGUUGUCACCGCAUGGCCAAAGAGGUGCGCAGCGAAAUCCGCCUGCGUAGGAUGCAAGAACAUAUCCUCUUCCUGUCUGAGAAGCUGAACAGUGUGCAGAAGCAGUAUGAAGAAGAGAGGUUACAAAGGCUGGUUCAGGAGGAGGCUGUGAAGUUUCUGUGGAAAGAGCUCCAGUCCAUGCAGCAGUGGAAGAAGUCUGUGGAGCAGCAGCUGGCGAACAUUACCCAGGCUGCCAACCUGGCUCAGAUUUCAUCUCCUGGACUAUGUAAGGCUGCCCAGCCUGUUGCCUCCAGCACAACAAACCCACCCAACACAGACGUCUCCUUCCCAGACUCAGGCUUCCAGUCAACGAGCGAUCAGCCGGGAGCACAGGAGGACAGCUUCCUGAGCAGUGGGACAGAAGACUCUUUGAAGACCGUGCGAGCACUGAGCCCUGUUCGUAGCGGCUUUGCUGGUGGUUGCGAUGGUGCAGACAGCGCAGACUGCAGCCUGCUGGAGCAAUACCUCUCCUCUGUGCAACAGAGGGAGGAGGAGGCUGAGGAGGUGAUCAGUGAUAGAACAGAAACACCACAGCCCUCCUCACCUAUCUCCCCUGGUAAAACAGCACAGUCCAACUCCCCACAGAAGGCGGCAGAAGUGCAGAGAACGGAGGGAGCCACUCUUAGCCCUGUCUGAGACUCUACACCUACAGACACCUGUACAGAACUCCUGAGUGUGUGUGUAAAGUGUAGGAUUGAGAUAUGUUUCCCUCUAUUGAACUUUGGUCAUGUCAUACAACUGCACUCACCGUGAUUACUGACCCAGAUCUCAAAUAACCAUGCACUCAAGUCUGAACCCAGGGCAGGCUUGGAAACAAUACUUUACUGUGAAUGUAACUCAAAAUUUUAUACACCACUACUUAUUACCACUAUUCUCUUAUUUAAUGGACAUUGUCAUCCUGUAAAGAUUGAUUGCUUGGUUGUGACCUAGCUUCAGAAGGUAUUAGCAACUUGAAAGCAAUUUUUGAUGACAUACAGUGAGUAGGCUGCUUCCCCUAGUGAUGAAGAGACCAGGCAUAUUCUCCUUGUUGAUAUCCAUCAAUGCCUAACUGAUAAACUGCAAUAAAUCAGAUUAGGAGUUGAUGUGUUAAACGUAGUGCACUUGUAUCCACAGAUGAACAAGCAUACCAUCUAUUGUGACAUAGUUGUUAAUGGUUGACCUGUUUCUAUCGACUUUAGAUCACACUGAUGAUCAACAUAAAAAAUGUUGUACUAUAUAUUUAUCUUAAGAAAGAUGUAAUAAAAUCUGCAAUUA